AUGGUAUCAAACCGAGACAAGGGAUGGCUAGACAGUUUGAGCAACCCCGAGUGUCCAGCAUUUGGCGUUGAUCCUAAACCCAGUGGUGAAAUGAAACCAGAAGGGCGAGAGGGAUAUCGUGAAGCCCAUGAAAAGCUUCUUGAGCUACAGGGAGUCGGGCCCAAAGUAUCAGACUGUGUCAGUUUAAUGGGCCUAGGUUGGGGAGAGUCCGUGCCGGUUGAUACUCAUGUGUGGCAAAUCGCACAGCGAGACUACCGAUUUGGAAAAAGCUCCAAUAAGAACUUGAACAAGACGACUUAUGAUGCCGUUGCCAAUCACUUCCGCAAGCUUUGGGGCAAAGAAGCUGGAUGGGCUCAUAGUGUGCUUUUCACUGCGGACCUGCGGACCUUCGCAGACAAACUUGCUGCAACCAAGAAGGUUGAUGUGAAAGUGAAAGAUGAAGAGUCUGAUGUCAAGAUCGAGACGAAAGUGACAACAGCUCUUUCUUUGAACGUUCCUAAGGAGGAAGGCGUGGAGCAAGACGUUGAUGUGAAAGUCAAGGUCGAGGAUAUAGAUGAUGCCAAGAAGCCCAGCGGCAGGAAGCGUAAGGGAGCCGAGAACGUUGUUUCGACGGCUCAAACAACAGAGACACGGAGAGUGUCCAAGCGACUUAGGCGCUGA